CCAUGUUAGCUGGCUCACAUGUUGACGGGUCAGCUAUGACAACCACUUUACAUCGCCCUGUACCUAGAAGUGGUCAUCCAAAGCCGGGACAAAAGGAGCUUGACACACGCCAAUGUACCCACUGUGGGAAGAAAAAACACACUCGGGAAACUUGUUUCGAAUUGGUUGGAUAUCCAGAUUGGUGGGUGGACAAACAAGAAAAGGGAAAAGAGAAGAAAAAAAGUGUUGCAAAUUUGGCUUCACAACCUUUACCUCAUGGUUCUUCACCACAUAUGGAUCAGUCUGCUCUCAGAGUUUUCCCCAACACUACUUCCACUUCCUCACCAUAUCCAGGAUCUUCAGACAAAGGAGCAGAUUGGUCAUGGUAAGGAAAGCGGAGGAUUGUACUACUUGGACUCAAAACUGCCUGAUCCUCAAGUAAGAA